AUGACGAAAAAAAAUCAAGGAGAGACUCGAAUAAAGAAGAAUGCAUUUGUUCAUAAAUUAUAUACUAUGUUGAGUGAUCCAAGCUUGGAUAAUCUAAUUUGGUGGAGUCAUAAUAAUCCGGAAAAUAAUACAUUCUCCUUAUAUCCAGGUAAAGAAUUUGCAAAUUGUCUAACAAGAUAUUUUAAACAUGGUAAUGUUGCAAGUUUUGUAAGACAAUUACAUAUGUAUGGAUUUCAUAAAGUAAGUGAUCCAAAUAAUAGCAAUGGUAAUUAUUCGAAUAAUUCAAAUAUGCUCAAUAGUAUGAACUCAAACUUUAUGGUUCCUAAUUUACAAAAUGGUAAUUAUUUUCCAAAUAUGAACAAUCCAUCAAAUUUUGAUAAUAAUCCAAAUAAUCAAGAGUUUACUGAUAAGGAUAUACCGCCUAUUUGGGAAUUUAAACAUCUGAGUGGGAAAUUCAAAAAGGGAGAUGAAAAUUCACUAAUAUAUAUUAAAAGACGAUCCAGUUCGAAUAAUAAUUCAAGAAAUAAUAGUUAUAGCAACGAGAACAAUUCUAAAUCUCAAAGAAAUAGUUCAUCAUCUUCUUCAUCAGCAUUUCAACAACAAACAAUUCCAGAUCAACAACAUUACGCUCAAUAUCCACCUCAGCAUUAUUCAAAUGAACAAAUACCGCAUCGUCAAUUUUCUACAUAUGAACCUCAACAAUUUUAUCAAGGUCAACAGCAACCAUUCCCACCACAACAUCAACCACAAGGAAUAACGCAAGCUUCAUAUCCUAUGUAUUAUAAUCCACAAGAUGUUCAAUACCAUCAACCUCCAAAUUACCCACCACAAGCGCUCCAAUUUGGAUAUAAUAAUAAUCAACAACAACCUCAGAUUAUUUAUCAUCCAUCACAGCAGCAGUCAACAGGAAAUUUCGGUCCAAAUCAAGUAUUUAACCCACCACCACCACCACCACCACAACAACAACGACAGCCUGCAUUAUAUCAAACACAAACAGGAUCUUCAUCGUUUGGUUCAUUACCUCAACAACAGCAACAACCUUCGCACAAUCAAAAGCCAAACUUAAUAAAAACGGGAUCAGAUCCAACAUCUCAAAAUUCACAAAUGUUCAAUCAACCAUCGCAACAACAACAAUCACCUAAUCAACCAGUUGGUAUUGAUCAAAGAGUCAAAACUCCAAACAAUUUCACACCAAAUUUACAAUUCAGAAAAGUUUGGGAAGAUCAUGGUUCAAGACAAAGGCAUCCUUCAUUAUUAUUCGAUCCAUUGGCCCCAAUGCCACAACCUUCAUCUUCAACUACAACCACAGCUUCAACAUCAAUUCCAACACCACCAACCAUAAUGAAUUUAGCACAGAAAUCAACUCCAUCUACUGUAACAUCAAUAGUCAACAAAUCAAAAGAUCUGGAAACCCCGACAUCAUCAAUAGCAAGGCAAUCCUCAAUAAACUUCCCACCACCUUCACUGAAUCAUCGACCAGGUCUUUCAAGUUUGAGUACAAAUUCAACAUCAACUUCUCAAUCAACUAUUCUACAAUCACCAUCUCAAGUUGAUUCAAGAAACGCAUCUACUGUCACUCCUAUCGUUGCUCCAAUCCCUCAUUACAAAACUAGCAUAUCUUCAUCUACAUCGUCAACAAACGAAGUGAACAAGUUCAAUCCUAGAACUUCUGCAUCUCCAACUACAAAACUUGUCAAUAAUGAUGCCGUUUCCUCACAGCCAUCAUCAAUUUUAUCAUCCAAUGCAACUUCAACUUCAUUACCUUUGACACCUUUACCUCCAGUUAGUGCAUUUCAAUCUCAACCACAAAAUGCGACCAUCUCCAACUUUCCUACACCAUCUCAACCUCAGCAACAAGAACAACCACCAAGACCACAACCAAUGACUCGUCCAUCUUUCUCCAAAAAGCCGUCAAUACUAUCAACAUCAUUACAAGAGAGAUUAAGACCGUCAGUAUUUGAACUACAUGCAGCUUCCAAAGGUGGUAGUGCAACUAGAAAUAGUGGUAGUGGAGGUGGGGUUAAUUCAAAUUCAAUAAAUGGAGGGGCCAGUGGAACAGGAUCAAUAGGUUCACAUUCAUCGUCAUCUAUAUUUUCAAACAAAUCAUCAAUUUCUUCAAUGCAUUCAUUCCAACGUACUUCAUCAUUUGGUUCAAUAAGUUAUACUAAUAAGAGUUCAAUAUCUAUUGCACCACAUGAAAUUCUUGAUGAUGGUAGAUCAGGUACUCCUCAAUCACCAAUAUCUAUAGUAAAUAGUCAACCACAGUCAGCACUGAUUCAACAACAACAGCAGCAACAACAAAGUUAUUUCACAUCUGCUUUUGCACAGCCACAACCACUUCAGUCAACCAACAGUAGAGUCAGACAAUCACCAAGACCAACCACACCAGUUAAUAGAUCAAAUUCUCCAUUGUCAAAAUCAGUAUUUGAACAAUCAAAUGUGAAUAAUAACUCAACAACUACAACUAUAAUAAAACCAAACAAAAAAGUAUCUGUAACUUCACUACUUGAUGAUUCAAAUUCUUCAGCUAAUGACUCAACAUCAAGAUCGUCAUCACCAAAAACUGUUCUACCUACAAAUUCAAUUACAAAUGCUAAUCAAAAUCAAAAGGAAAUAAAACAACCACCACUUUACUUAUCACUGGUUAUUACUGAAGAAGACAAAAAUGGUUCAUCAUCUAGGUCAAGUAGUGAGGACGAUAUAAAGCGAAGAAAAGUUGUGUAA